UAUUAUAAAUCCUGUUGGCCACAUGAUAAUCUUGUCAUGGAAUCAUGGGCACACACGAGAUUUUACUUAAGAUUUGAUUUGGAGACAAAAAUCUCUAACCAAGACCGCUCCUGUGCCCGUACCUUUAGAUGUAAUAAAAGUCAGAAUGGUACAAAGAGAAUCAAUCAACAUUUUUAA